CGGCGGCGGCGGCGGCGGCGGCGGGCGGGCGCGUGGCCGAGCCGGGCCGGGAACGAUGAGCGGGGCCGGGGCUGCGCCGGGGACGGCGGGCGCAGUUCGGGGUCUCCGGGUGGAGGGGCUGCCCCCGCUGCCCAAGAGCCUGAGCGGGCUCCUGCACUCGGCGUCGGGCGGCGGCGCAUCGGGGGGCUGGCGGCACCUGGAGCGGCUGUACGCGCAGAAGUCGCGCAUCCAGGACGAGCUGAGCCGCGGGGGCGCGGGCGGCGGCGGGGCUCGGGCCGCGGCGCUGCCCGCCAAGCCUCCCAACCUGGACGCCGCGCUGGCUCUGCUCCGCAAGGAGAUGGUUGGCCUCCGACAGCUGGACAUGUCCUUGCUCUGCCAACUGUACAGCCUCUACGAGUCCAUUCAGGAGUAUAAGGGAGCGUGCCAGGCAGCAUCCAGCCCAGACUGCAAUUAUGCUCUGGAGAACGGCUUCUUCGAUGAAGAGGAGGAAUAUUUCCAGGAGCAGAACUCCCUCCACGAUGGGAGGGAACGCGGCCCUCCGAGGGACCUGUCACUGCCCGUCUCCCCCCUCUCCGGCAGCGACUGGAUUCUGGAGUCCCUCUAAAGCAUCUCAGGAGGGAGGCGACUGUUACUGCCGGACACACCGUCAACAGUUGCUUCUCCUCUUGCAAGAAAGCUCCUCUGGCCUCCACUGUGGGUGGUCCUCAGGCAUGUGGGAUGAGCGCUGCCAGUUUACUUUGUAGGCAGGCAGAUGUCCAUGGACACAUGGCGGCAGUCUAUUCUGAUGGCUGGAGUUUCUGCUCAGGCGAUCUAGAGGUGCUCAGCAUUGUCUUUGACACCCUGGAACUGAGGCACUCCUGCUGAGGAUUCCUAAUGAGAAUAGAACAAGGGGGGUUCUGGAGAAGACCUUUUUGGGUAUUUUGUGCGAGACAGUUUUGAGCUAGUUCCUUCCUUCUGGAUCGUAGGUGAUCUCACACCCUCUUUGUUGUAGGCUUUGCCUCCAGCUUGCAAUGUGUCACAACUAACUUUCCCCUUCUCCCCUUCCUCCAUACAUUCUGUGGCCUUUCUUGCUGUUUCAUGAGCUUUUAAGCCUCUUGGUUGAGUUUUAUUUGUUCGUAAGCUACAUUCCUAACUGUCCAGGUGACUCCGUGAAAGCUUUUUACUGGAAAAGUCAAUAUUUCAGGUCACACCAAUCAACUACAUUCUCUUAAGCUGUCAAAAAAAUUUAUAUCAUUCUUUGUCCAUCAGAUAGAGGAGGAAGGAAGAUAAUACAAAGAUUUGUUGAGUGGGGAAAAAAAAAACUGGGGCAAGCUGGUGUUUUGUAUAAUUCUCUGUAAGAUGGCAACGUUUUUGUUUUUAAAGAUUCUGAAUGUACACUGGUAUGUUAGAAAGCAAACUCCUCCAUUCAAAACAGUGAUCACCUUAAGCCUUAAUAUAUUUAUUAAAGUACUUUAUGAAUACUUUAUACUGUGUAGGUUAAAAAUAAGGAUAAAAUGCCAAACUCUCUGUAGUUGUGUAUUAUUUUGGUCUGAAUUCGGAGUCAUCCACUUUCAUAACUUGAAUGUGUUGAAUCCACUCAAAUACUGAAAGAACAUUACAGUUUGUUUUCUUGCUAUUAAGAAUUUGAAAGAAGCUUUAUUCUUCUUUUGGCUUAUUCUUGGAACUGUUUUGUCCACAGCAGACCACCAUGGACAGUUAGGUCUCAGUGUUGCUGGUCUUUGAAUACUUCAGACUCCUUGCUCUUCUUUCUUUUGGUGUGAUAGUUGCUUAUUAGCACCUCUUGUGGGUCAGAGAGAGGAAGUAAAACUCAUCCUCAUGAACCAACAUGUUGACAACCUGUUAUGUACGCGACCCUGUGUCAGGAACCAGGGUGAGGUACAGAGAAGGAAGAGCGUUUGUGCUCAUUUCCUGUGUUGAGAGGAGUAGUUAAAAUGAGGGAUUGCCUUCAGUGGGUGACAUAACUGUUCAGUGGGGACAAGACAAUUGGCAGUGACAGACCAGGUGAAGUCUGGUAAUCUACAGGAGCCUCUUCCUUUGAGGCUGGCCCCUGCUUAACAGUGAGUUGCACCCUAGGUCAGCUGUUCUCAACCCUGACCACAUUAGAAUCACUUGGGGAGCCUUUAGAACAAUAGUGAGCCUGGCUCAGGACGCCCCCACCCUCAUUCUGAUGUAAUUAGUAAGGAGUGAGGCUUGGGCAUCCGUAUGGUGAUACAAUGCAGAUCUAGUUGAGAUCUAGUGUUCAAAUGUGGUCCAUGUAGCAGGCGUCACCAGGAACAUGUUGGAGAUGCAGAAUCUCAUACCCCACCUGGACCUACUGAAUCAGGCCUGGCAUCUUCACAAGAUGCCCCCAGUGAUGAUCCUUUUGCACAGAGUUCAGGAAGCACUGCUUCAUGUCAGCCCAGUGCCAACACUGCUGCUCUGAGAGGCUGUAGCAUCUCCUUGCAGCACUAAAGAAGAGACUGGCCUGCCCCAGGCAGUAGUCAGGACACCCAGUCCUCUUGGAAUGGGCCAAGAAUAGCCAGGAGCAAAGCUUGCAGGGCUGGCUCGGGCUCGGGGAAGCCCCCUCGUUUGGAAUGCGAGCUUCCCUGGCGCUGCUGCCUCUGGGCUCUGCUGGGACUGUGACAAUGCAUAGUGUCUUUGAGUUUCUGGGCUUUUAUCUCAUCAUUGCGGGAUAGUCUAUCAGAGUUAGAAGUGGAAUGAAUCAAGGCAAGCAAGGGGCCUCUCCCUUACUGUUGGGAAGAGCUAACAUUCCUCACUCGUGUGGUGAAUUGGCAUAUAUGCAUAAACCACUGCAGUUUCUAAUACUCCUGAAAUGUAUAUAAAUCACCCCAAACUUUGUCUUACUCCAAUCGUCAUGUACUGUUGAAAACACAACCUCGCAAGGAAUGUUAACAUUUCCCAAACCGUAAAAUGUUUUCUAAUACACCCUCCUUACAGUUCUGCAGAUGAAUAGAAAAUAAAUUGAGCUGGGGUCCUAUAUUGCUGCCUGGAGUAAAUCAUGACCUUGGAAGUUCAAAGUGCGACUUUUGCUACUCAGUGGCUAACAGAGUGCCUGGUAGGUGGUAAGACAGUCCAACUUCAGCUGAUAAAGCUGAAGAAACUGUAAUCUGUGUAAGGCAGCGUACAUAGUGGUUAAAUAAAAGCACUUUUAUCUUC